UCCAUCUUACAACCACAUAGAAAUCACCCAUAACAACAUGUGAACCAUUCAAGCCCAUGUACCUACAGCGUGCUCUAAGCUCUUAUCUAAUUGGCUGUUGUCUUUUAUGUCAUAAUCACAUCACUCAACAGUCAGCAGUAUCUAGAGUGAGACUAGGGUUUUUUCAUUCUAAAGGUUUUCUCUCUGCCGCUAAUUAAACAUCUGAAACUCAUAGGACGUCUUUAGCAAUUUCUCACAAACCAUGCUGGAAGACAGCGGAACUUUUCACCCAGAAGAUCCUUUUCAUUGUGUUAUUUUAAAUUGACUGUCAGCAGAUGUGGAAGCCACAUCUUUCUGUUGGUGCUUCAGUUACCAGGCAGAGAGAGAGAUGAGUCUCCUCAAGAUUGGCACCCCAAGACCCACCCCGGCCUCUUCCUGGCUUGUGACAUUCAGUGUUCUUUGGUUUCUUAGUCAGAACUGCUGCAGAGCCAGCGCAGUCUGGACCGCUUACAUGAACAUCACCUUUCAUGUGGGGAAUCGCGUGCUGUCAGAGCUGGGGGAGACGGGGCUCUAUGGAAGAAGCUCCGCUCUGAAGAGGCUGGCAGGAGUUAUCGUGCUGCCAGAUGGCAAAACGCAAAACGCAUGCAGUCCCAACACCAGAUUCAGCAGGUUGAGGAACUCAGAGCCGUGGCUGGCACUUGUUGAGCGAGGAAGCUGUCCCUUCACGCAGAAAAUUAAGGUGGCAGUUGAGAAGGGAGCCAGUGGAGUGAUCAUCUAUAACUUCCCGGGAACGGGCAACCAGGUGUUCCCCAUGUCUCAUCAGGCGUUUGAAGACAUCGUGGUGGUGAUGAUUGGUAACCUGAAAGGCACGGAGAUCCUGAACCUGAUUCGGAAGGGAGUUCAUGUUACCGUCAUGGUGGAGGUGGGGAGAAAACACAUCAUCUGGUUGAAUCACUAUUUUGUCUCUUUUGUCAUUGUCACAACGGCCACUUUAGCGUAUUUCGUCUUCUAUAAUAUUCGAAGGCUUUGGGUGGCAAGGAUUCAGAACAGGAGGUGGCAGCGAUUAGCAACAGACCUGAAGAUGGCGUUUGGCCAGCUGGAGCUCCGGGUCCUGAAAGAGGGGGAUGAGGAAGUAGGUCCACACGCAGAUAGCUGCGUAGUCUGCUUUGAACUCUACAAGCCGAAUGAUACAGUUCGCGUUCUGACUUGUAAACAUUUCUUCCACAAGAAUUGCAUUGACCCCUGGAUUCUAGCCCACGGGACGUGUCCCAUGUGCAAGUGUGACAUUCUGAAAGCUUUGGGGAUUCAAGUAGAUGUGGAGGAGGGGACAGAAUCUUUGCAAGUUCUGAUGUCCGAUGAAUUGCCUGGUAUCCUGUCACCUAGCGAGGAGGGGACAAAUAAUGAACUUCCUGCUGCCACAAGGUUAGAAAAACUGACACACGCGGAGGAGGGAGGGGAGGAGCACCCCACUUCUCAGAAUGACGGCCAGUCCAACGCAGGAACAGAAGUUUGCCCUUCACCUUGACAGCAUGACCUGUGAGGAAGUGGAUUAAACCUGUUUGUCAAAUCAGGUCCUAAUACUGACAAGCACUUUGUCUGUGUGAAGUGUGGUUUUUGUGUCCUCUUUGGUUACUUGGGUAAUUUUAUACAUUCUUUGUCGAGCCUCAAAGACAGAAAAAAAGAAAGAAAAAAAAAGCCUAGCAAGAUUUUCUUGUUUGCCUUUCUUUUUUACCUUUGCUACAUGUAACUUUUUGUCCGUGUAUUAUGCCUGUGAGUAUAAAUGUUUAUUUCUGUGCAUAUACAUGCAUGUUAAAACCAAGGACAAACUUUUUUCCCCUAAGUAUUGGUUGGUCAUAUAUUGGGCUCUAUUGUAGUAAUAAAACUGUUAAUAUAAUUGCAUGUUCCUUAGACUCCAGAAACUAUCAAUUAAGUUUGAAAAGCAUAAAUUAUCUUUGAUGUGCUGGGAAGAGUAAAAUUUAUAUUUUGAAAUUAUAUGUAUAGUACAGUAUACUAAGUUUGAAGCCCAUUGUGCUGUGUUUUCAUUCUUGGCAUAAACAUUUUGCUGGAUAGAAUUUUAUUACUCUUACUCUAACAGUUCUGCUGAAGCAGUUAGUACAUUUUAUGUGAUCUGCAUAUGCGUAGCGAUAGCAAUAGUAAGAGUAAAAUACUAGCACUCUUUAAGUGACUGGCAGAUAUUUCAAUGCCCAGUAUUUCUUAUCAUAAUUACUAAUAAUUAUUACAUGUUCAUAAUGUGUAGAAAGCAUAAAAUGAUAAAAAAAAAUUGUGACAUUUAGUCCUGGUGUAUUUACUUCCCGUAUG